AGUAAGAGUAGUAGGAACUUCGUUGAGAAGGUAACAAGAGAUGAAAUGGGGAGAACUGAAGACAUGAGUACCGUUCGUAAUGGAGGGUUGGAUAAUGAAUUCUAUCGCCAAAUUAGCCAGAUAGAGAACGAUCAGCCACAGGCAUCUGAUGCUGGCAAAGUCAGUGACAUGUACAAAGAUAACCCUUUACCUGAGUAUAGUUACAAGGAGUCCGAGUACGACAAAAUGCCGGAUUAUAAUUCUAAAUUUGGAAACAAUCCGUUUGAAAUGCCAAAGAACUAUGAUCAAGAACUUGAUACCCAAGAUAAAGAGCUCUUUGAGGACGUUGAUACAAAUCAAGAACAGCCUCACAACUCACUUUCUGAUAACUCAGAUCUUUUUUCUGUAAUUGGCAAAAAAGUGAUUCUUGACUUGCUGAACCAUCAAAAUGAAUCAGAUUACCAUAGUGAAGAUCUUAAGCAAGACUUGCUCAAAAAAGCGAUAGGAGAAAAAAUAGAACAAAAUGACGCAGCAAUCGGCUCUUUGCUUGCACAUAAACAAGCAACGACUCUGUCACCUUUUCGCAAUCAACUGAAAACAUUAAUGACAGCUAACCCUAAUGCACUUAAUUAUUUGCCUACAUUACCUUCGCAAGGAAGCGUUUUAACUUCAGGAAAAAUAUCUUCGAAAAGCAUAAUGAUCAAUGAGCAACAACCGCCAAGCACGCCAAAUGAAGAACACCGACAUAUUCAAGAACAAGUUUCCCAAGGUGGUUCUGUUGUACCAUCAGGAAUGAUGAAAGAUCAGUCCGUAGAUAUUCUUAAAUACCCCAACGUAGGCAAAACGCCAUCUAGGAACGCUUUGCAAUCAAAAGAAACAGAUUCAUCAAAUGCUGGCUAUGUGACACUUAAGAUAUCUGGUGCUGGAAAACCAGUUAGUUUCAAAGCUGGAACUAGUAAUGAUGGAUCGUUGGUGCUUAAAAUACCUGGCAAUGUCACAUUAACGGAAUCAGAUCCAAACAAAACUAUUAAUAGUGGCGCAUUCCUAGGAAUGAAAGAAUAUAGCAAAUAUAAACCACAAAUGGCGACAGAUGCUGAAGAAAUAAACCGUUAUCUCUGGGAAAGCCAAACAGCUCCAGCAAGGGAUUUCUCUAAGAAAGGAAAUAUGAUUAAAGGCUUUGACGACAACUUGACAACAAAUAUGCUCAGCUGGCAAAUUCUUGGGAAAACGAACUCCAAAUUAAAUAAAAAGAAUGACUGGGAACAAAAUGACGAUCUUCUUCACGAGGCUGAUCUGCCUUCUGUGAGCCCAACCAUAGGUCGCAACCCUGGCGAGAAUCAGAGAAGUCCGACUGCAGUGCAUGGUUUUCAACAAAUAUCUCCAACCAAAUACAACGAACUAGACAGGAUAUCAUUUGCCGGGGUAGGACAAUCACCCCCACCAGAUAUAUUUCCUCUAAGCUCAAGACUACCGAAAGGCGAAGAAAAGCACAAGUUUUUGUCCUUGAAAAGCUUUUUGAGGCCAUCCAAGUUUUUCGAGGACCCUCCCGAAAACAGGGCAAGACUCAGCUUUAGACCAGACCACGACUUAGCGAGGACAUCCAACAACAGAAAGUUAGAAAAUGGUGUGAGAGAUUCUUGGUCGCCAUGUUCAGUGACCUGUGGUCAAGGUAUUCAAGCCAGAGCUCAGUUCUGUCAGGGAAGACAGUGCAAGGGGUACAGAACAGAAAGCAAGGCCUGUUUCAUGCCGCCAUGUCCCGAUCAACUGGGAAGAGCUGGUCUUCGUUUGCAUAACAAGUUUAGAACAUGGCACGGAAGUCCUCCUCUGAAAUGGUCCAAGCGCUUGGCGUCUAAGGCGCAAGAAAUCGCAAAACAGUUGGCACAUAAUGCAAUCCAUUUAUCAGACUUAAAAAAAGAGCAUAUCGGUAUCAACGUGGCUCGCCUGUGGCACAGUUACGACAUUGCUGCCGAGAAAGCUACCGCUGACUGGUAUAGCGAGGUAAAGAGCUAUAACUUUGAUGAUCCAAUGAUCGACAAUUCCACCGAGCACUUUACUCAACUUAUCUGGAGAGACUCGAAAAGGCUUGGGAUUGGGGAAGCCAAAAGCUCAGAUGGAAAAUACACCUUUGUGGUAGCACUUUAUGAUCCACCUGGAAACUUAAGACAUAAAGAGAAAACUAACAUUCAUAUACCUGAACCGCAGAGUUAGGAAAGCAGGGUACAGAUGCCUCUAACCAUCUAUGCCGUCGCCGGGCACGUCUUCGUUCAUAUUUGAACAGAUGUCAGUCAGCGGUGUUUUACAGCUUACACGUUUAUUUUAGUUAGCUUCAGGUUGAAUUGAAAAGAACAUUUACAUGUUUGACAGUUUUCAUAAAAGAACUAAAAACGAGAUUAUAUUCAGUGUAAUCGAAGCGCGUGUAUUAAUCUUUUUUACAUACCAUUUAGAACUUACACUUAAUGCAAAUGUGAAGAUCAGUCGCAAAAAAAAUGGUACCCAAUGUCUACAGUGCAAAAUCAGUGGCUGAGUAGCAUAAACCUUUCAAAAUAUCAACGAAAACUCUAUAAUGCAUUUUUAUAGCCAAUUGUUCAUUUAAUAAUCCGUCGGUAUAUCAGUUUUCUUUAAACUCUGUUUACAGUGAAACCGUCUUGCGACGAGAACGCAAGAUUUUUCGUUCUCUUGAAGUUUGUUCUCCUUGCAGUUUACCAGAUUGUCUAGAAAACUAUCUUCAAUGGUAAAUCGUUCCUAAACGUAAACGAAGUCGUCCAGUGACUCGAUUUCGUCAAGUUAAAAAAAAUCAAAUUGGUGUCAAAUGUU